UAAAUUGCUACCUCUACUCUCUACCUUCCUCACUCCAUUCUUAAACUUAACAUCUUCUUAAAUUGUUAAAGUUUAACUCUUUUCGCGCUUCAGAAACCGCGUGAUUAUAAUGUUUUGAUAUGCAAAAUAUGCAUCAUUUUGUAGUGAAGAACAAUCUUGUUGAAGGUAAAACAACCAAGAAUGGUUAUGGAGGAAGAGAAAGAAAUGAUACGCCGGUUUGGCCAAAGCCUCGUCGUCCCAGAAUGACUGUCCCUCGAGAACUCGUUAAGCCCUUCAAAUGCACCAAUGCACACAGCCAAGAAAAUCUUGAUGGAAGAAGUGAAAUUCUCAACAUGAUCAUUACGGAUAAGAAAUCAACCGAGGAACGGGAUUCGCUUUGUUACUACACAGGUUCUCCUCCACAACGAACAGGUAACCCAUUGAUUCACGAUGUACAUUUUAUCAAUCAAGUGGAAGUUUUUUCUUCAUUAGCUUCUUUAAAGCACUAAAGUGCUGGUGACUAUAUCCUCUAGGGUAUUUUUUGGUAGCGAAUUUUAAUUAGUAUUAUAU